AAGGAAGGUUCAGUGAGUUGGUAGUCGUGUCACUAUUAUAUUCUGCAAGUAAACUUGGUCGCAAAUAUUGGAAAAGCAUAUAAGUUGUCUGUGGUAAGGUCGAAAGCAUUGUUUUAAGUUCGGAAACAAUCUGAAAAUGGUUAUAACCGCUGAUAUAUAUUUACCACCAGAAGAAGACAUAACUGUUCAAGAAAUUAAUCUAAGUGGUCCCGCACUUAGAGCUGGAGCGUUUCACUACGGCAAACACUGCGAGUUUCAGAACAAUGAGUUUAUGCUUUGUCGUAAUGAGCUUAAUGAUCCUAGAAAAUGCAUUGAUGAAGGAAAAGCAGUAACAAGUUGUGCUUUAGAGUUCUUUAGAAAAGUAAAGAAGUCAUGCUUCAAGGAAUUUACACAGUAUGCCAAUUGUCUUGACAAAUCUAGCCCAAAGCUGGAAUUUGAAUAUUGUCGGAAGACACAAGCUGUGUAUGAUAAAUGUGUUCUGGACAACCUUGGAAUUGAGCGUCCACCAUUUGGAUAUUUUUGCGAAGCAAAAAUUCAUGAGACUAAACGUCCAAAGCCAGAACCAAUGAAACCAGAUGUCUAUCCUGACUACACGCCAUACUUACCUGAUGAUUAUCCGCGUCCUCCUGCUAAAUAUGGUUUUCGAUUCCAUUGGAUGGAAUAAACAACUUGCAAGACUUGCCUAUGAUUUAGACUUGUUUGUUUCUUGAGAUUGCAUUUAAAAUCUUAUCUCUAAAUGCAAUUAGUGAUAUAAUAGAGAAUUAUUAGACGUGAUACAAACACCAUCCUGUCUACAAAGGCUUGUAAUUUAUAGUAUAUGUUACAAGAAUAAUUGUAAUAAAUAUUAUUUUAAAAAAUAGUCGAUGAGAUUGAUGCUCAAAAUAGUUGGUUAUUAUUUUGUUGGAAUUUGGAGUUUAGUGCAAAUAUUGAGGAAUGUGAUUGUUCAUACUGAUGUUCAAAGUACAGUGCAUAUACCGUUACACCGCACUUAUUUUAAUGGAAUUGAGCCUGUAACCUCAGUAUGGAGAUCAUAUGUUGUGAAAGAACUCUUCAUUUUCUUUGUACAGAAUAUGGUUAGUAGCCAUUUUGUGGCUGCAUAAUUUCCGUAAAUAAAACAAAAUUGAGGCAUCUAAAGGACUUGAUUUAUGCCCAUUUUAUCUUUUUCUUUAGUACAUCAAUUCCAGGAUUAUACAAGAUCAAACUAAAAAUAAACUAUGGAACUGGGCUUAUGAAACUGAAUUAAGCCUGGAUGUUGAGUUCAAGGGCAGAUGUUGGUCAAGGAUGAUCUGUAUAAAUCUUGUAAGUCUGGUGUCACUAGCAGUGUUUAUUUCUUCCAUUUCAUGUGUUUUGAAUUAAUGCAAAUACUAACAGCUCUACAGAAGUUCAAAUACCUUUAAAUCUGUUCUGGUAUAUGAUGGAUGUAGGAAUUAAAUUAAUUUAUUUUUAUUACAUUUUGUACAUGAAAGUUACAAUCUAAUGACUUAAAACUAUUUGGUAGGAAACAUGAAAUAACCAUAGAUGUAUGAUAAAGUUGCAGUAAAUAAAAUGGGGAAAAUAUGACUAAAUUAAUAAAUUAAA